UUUGACGAUAUCUCCCAUAUCGAACUCACAUCACACCCGGAAAAUGACGAUUCUUAGUUCAACUCAAACUUUGCUAAACACUUCCCACAAACGGUUAGAAAUCAAAGUUUUUUCUCUCGCUUAACAUGAAAUCGUCGAAAAUAUUCUAGAAAAAUUAAUUAUGCAUAGUUUAAGCAAGUAUUUGUUUCAUCAAAUCUUCCCUUAACUUAAUUGAUUUUGGGGUAGAUUAAUAUCAAUCUUGGCACACAUUUUUGGGUUAUUUAGCCAGGGAUCUAAUUUAUAAGUCGGUUUUGCUAAAGCAAGCUGUAGCAUAAGGUUAUUAUAGCAAAGUUGUGGUAUUUUAAUUUGAUGUCUUGGUUUAUGUGACAUGUUUCUGAGACUAGGGUCAAAUGCGGUACUUCACAUGAGGGGAAAAUCAUUCAGCCAAUUACAUCUUGCAAACUGUUAUUAACCCCUUUAAAGAAUUUGGAUCAUCUGAAUCAAGUUACAUAGCUGGUAUAGCCACAGACAAAGCUGAAGACCAGCUCAUUUUAAAAGCUGUGUAGAUAGCAUCAUGGUGAAGUACGCACAAUGCUUUCUUAAAUUUGAGGCAUUUGGGUGUUAAGGUUGUCCACAUUUGGUUCAACGUUUGACUUGGCAAAACAACAGUUUACAAUUCGGGUUGGGUUUGACGUACAAAAUCAAUGGAAUCUAAUCUGGGAUUUAACCAGAGAUUCAAGUGAGGUUAUCAAGUAUUUCAAUUUAGGAUAACGAAUCCAACUGUGAUGCUGUGAAUCAUUGUUCAAAUUAAAGAGGAAAUUGCAGCUUGAAAAUAUCAUUCCAGAUAUGAUACAAAGAAAACUAAGUCUUCAAAGAGUCCAUGCAGAUAUUGAGAUUGAAGGGGGUCAAAUACCAGAGGAAAAUGAACAGGGCAUGCCAGUAAAAAUAAACAGGAAGAUCUCAAAAGGUGAGAAAGAAGACAGUCAUGAAGAAAGCAAAGCUGUGAAUAAGGAUGAAGCCAGAGAUAUGACUCAGGAUAAUGAAAUGGCAGAUGGAGAUAUUAAUGGUCUUGAAGAGGUCCAGAGUCCUCAAGAACUGGUUGAACAAGUUUCACCUUCCAAAACAGCUGCUGGUGUAGAUGACUCGCCUCAAGAGGUUAAUGGUGGAUCCAAACGACUGCGCAUGUACAAGUGUGAACGCUGCAAUUCACAGUACAUGGGUCUGGCCAUGUUACGGCAGCAUUGCCGAGAUGUUCAUGGUGACCAAAAAUACUACAAGUGUCAUGUUUGUGGAAAGUUGUUUAGCCAUCCAAGCAGCCGUAACAUCCACUUAAGGUUGCACUCUGGAGAAAAGCCGUACAAAUGUAGCACUUGUGGCAAGCAGUUCAGAGUGUCUUCGCAUCUGAAAGACCAUGUUAGGGUGCACACAGGAGAGCGUCCAUACAUUUGCGAUAUUUGCCACAAAGGGUUCAAGCAGUCCAGUGACCUGAAGAAGCAUCGGCGCACCCACACCCUGGAUAAACCGUACAAGUGUCCUAUCUGCCCAUCAGCCUUCACACGUUCGCACCACUGUAGAGGCCAUAUGAAUUCUGUGCACAAGUUCUUCAAGUGUGUCGUUUGCAGUGCCUUGUUUACCUCUGAGGAAGCAUUUGAACAACAUAAAGAACUCCAUCCCUCAGAGCAAGCAGAUCCAGAACAGAGAGCUCCAUCUAACAGGCAGGCAAUAAGUCAAGCCGCUGUCUUGUCCAAGAUGUCAGAAUCUACAGUUAACACUAGUGAACGAGACAGAGACUCAAUAGAAAAAAACCUGAAAUUCGAUGCAGCCAACCAGUUGCUUGAUCUGCACAAGAUGAUGCAGCCGCGGGCUUUGCCAAGCAGUACCCCAGGCAGUGGAUCAGAGACAUUGUCAGAUUCUGGGGACGAAGCAAGUCUCAGACAGUUGUCGCCACCCAGCCAAGGCUUGCCUGUUGGACCACAACCUCCCGUGGCAGUGAGCCCUAGUUUGAUCCGUCAGGAAGUUGCAAACAUGUCACUCUCAAGUGCAGGUCACAAGGAUCAGGCAAAUGUCAUUUUACCUGAAAUGGCUCACAAGGGUGCAAAUUCUGAAGCUCCCCCAAGUUUACACAUGAUGUACAGCCAUAGUGUACAACCUAAAAUCCAGCAGGAAAAGGAUUAUCUUCGGCUGCCUUUUCAAUAUUCCUGUUAUGAAGGGAAUAAAAAAUUAUCAUUACCUAAUGCAGAAAUGUAUGGACAUGCAGCUAGCUUUUCUUCAUUAGAAGUGCAAACAAGCCAGUUGGUCAAUGGUAACCACUUUGUAGUUAAUGGUGCUUCCCAGAAUUUUUUGCAUUCCCCGGAAAAGUUUGAUUCACAAAGCCAAAGAAGGGAUCACAGCAACUUAAGUGAAAACAGCUUAAAGAGAGAGGAAUUUCUUCAGGAUGACAGUGUUUUGAGAAAGUCUCCAGAGAGAUUGAACAAUGUGGCUUGUCAUCGAGUGUCUGUCAUUCAGUAUCACUCUAGCGCACAAAAAUCCCCAACCGGUGAAAGAAAUGAAGAAAAUAUGAUCAAAGAUAUUUCACAAGAGGCAUCAGAAGCUUUGAAAAGUGAAAUGUGUGAUGAUCAUCUACGAAGUAAGGAAGAGCAGUUUAGGAGCUACAACUUCAUGAACAGUAUGAAAUAUUUUGCCAAGAUUCCCAGAGAAGGAAUUCCAUACCUACCCCUUACAGCUGAAAGCACUGCGGCUUUACAGAUGUGGAACAAGGAGAUUAAUGACCAUGCUGUAGAUUACUCUUGGGCUUUAAAGGAAGCCACAAGGUUGAAAAUGCCUAGUGAACAAAGUGGGCAGCUACCCCCUCCAAAGCAUAUACUCGAAAACGGCCAACGAAAUUUCUUCUCUCCCGAAAAGGUACAGCUGUCAGCAAAUAUGCACAAUUCUGCUUCUACGCCAUUGCAAGAGAGGUCUGUUGAGAUGUUGAAGUACUUAGCAAGGGAACACACCAAGGUGAAGGACAUGGAGGGGGAGACAAGAAAGGAGACAAAAUCACCUGUGGGUGGCAAUGAUUCGGAGACUUCUGAUACGUCAGACUCUGGCAGUGUUCUUCAACACAGGAAAGUGUCAGCAAGUUCUGACCCACAGUCUCUAGCCUCUGAGCCUUUAGACCAGAGAUCUUCUCCAGAGAGUGCUAUUCACCACUGUCAAGUCUGUAAGAAGACAUUCUCUCGCUCCAGCUUACUUAAGCAGCAUUCUGUCAUCCACAUGGGUAAUAAGCGCUUUAAAUUCCGCUGUGAAGUGUGCGGAAAGAUGUUUAGGACACGCAGCCACCUGCGUGAUCAUACUAGAAUACAUACAGGUGAGCGACCUUUCAAGUGUCACAUUUGUGAAAAAGCCUUCAAACAGUCCAGCGAUUUAAAGAAGCACAUCAAUCUUCACACUGGAGCCAACCAGUUCAAGUGUGAGGAGUGCAACAUGGAGUUCCGCAGAGCUGAUGCACUUCGCAAACAUAAGCUAGGACACAAAGUGGGGAACAUGCCUUGUGGACAUUGUGGGAAAAACUUUUUGCAUAUAAAUGCUUUAAGAGUGCACAGAGCAAUGCAUAAUGUGCAACCUGUAAAAGCAAGCAGAUCCUUUCACCGAUGUAACUACUGCUUUAAGACUUUCACAAAAGCAGAAAGCUACAAGAUACACAUUGAAGCACACUCUCGUGAGCAGAAUGGAACAGUUGUGCCUUUUGAUUGCAAGAUCUGUUCCAUGAAGUUUUUCUCAGAAGCAGCAUUUCAAGAUCACAUGAACAUUCACAAUGGAAAGCGGCCUUACAAGUGUUUUGUUUGUGAUAAAGAAUUCUGCAUUGCUGAGCAUUUGCAAGAUCAUGUCCGUCUACACUCUGACGUGUCAUCACGGCACAGGUGUGAAGACGAUGGCAAUAAAUUUCAAAGACCAGAUGACCUUGUAAGGCAUUCAGCAAUUCAUGCUUAAUGGAAAGGGAGGCCACUAAGUUAGCCAUUAAAAAUAUAUAAACAUUAAAUAAAAUUGAAUGAGAAAAGUACUCAGAUUAAUUACUACUCCAUAAAUAUCAUAUCAGUUGUCCAAGCUUCUGGUAUUUGAUUUUUCAGUGCAAAAUGCAAAGUUUAGAUGUAUGACAAUUCUGCUGUCAUGAUGUGGGAGGUGUUGUGGUAUCAUGAAAGAUUUAUAAGACCAAAGGAAAAAAUGAGUCACAUCUAAGGAUUGCAGUGCUAAAAAGUUAUGGUAUUAAAUAUAACUAUAACAAUUAAGUAUUAAUAAUAAUUAGUAAUAUAUUGUGAACCUGAAAUUAUUAUUAUUACUGGCUUGCUUAUUGUCAGUGAUGUUUCAGGAAAGAAAUUAUUGACAGUGAUAAAAGGCAAGAACUCGUUUACUUUUAAAUCUAAGUUAGUGACUUGUACAGUGUAAAUAUUGGGAGAGCACUUUGGCAUCAAGGGUGCAGGUAUAGAAUCUGGGCUCCUUUUUGUAUCUCAUUUCUGGACGCUUUUUUGAGGGUCCAGAGGGACCUGUUUUUUGAAAGUUCUGGUAACUUGACAGGUCAAGAUUACAGGAGAUGGUUCUGGCACCCCAACCAGUCCAUUUUCUUUCUUAAGCUGAUACAUGUAGUUGUAUUGUGAAUUUUCAAAAAAGGAAAAAAAAAAAAAAAGAAAAGAAAAGCUUUAGUGGGCCUGUUAAGUUAACAAAACCUUCAAGAAAGUGGCCCUAAACUUAAAGUUGGACUUCUUGAGGACAGCAUUUUACCUACCCCACAGGAAAACCAUUCUUUGUCAAGAUGGCUCUCUUAAAAGAGUAAGCCUGUGCCCUCUGGUUAAUUAUCAAUAUUUUGAUAACAGUUAUUGUCAUAACAUAAUUAUAUUAGUUACUUCAAUCACUGUUUAUUUAUAAAGUUAUUAUGCUGAAUAUAGAUUAUCAAGUCGUUUCCUUGACCCAAAACCUGCAUUCACCAUAAAAUUUGGUUUGCUGGUUUUAGUUAUCACCAUGUGUCACAAAUCAGACAUACUCACUUCCACAUGUACCUUUUUUUUUUUGUAAUUAAGCUUCUUAAAACUAACGUUUUCAUGCGUUGUCUUUCUUUCUGUGAUUGGUGCAAAAUUACAGGGACAUGGGUGUUUUUAAAUUAUUGGUCAACUGGGAAAUUGUAGCCAAGCACAGAGAUUUGCACUUCUUUGAAAUGAUCAUUACAAAGUUAACAAUUCUUCAGUGAAAGAUAAAUGGCAAAUGCCUCAGUUUUUUAAAAGAGUGUGUAAGCUAUCUUUUACAUUUUCCUAGAAAUAUGUGGUGUUUUAAAAGCAAAUUAUUAUUGAUAGCUCUAUAGGAUGAUAUAUUCCUCUCUUCAAAAUGAUAUUUUCACCAUUAGGUCAAUUAUUUUGCCUACCAAGUAGUUCACAUAAUUGAAAGUUUAUUGUAGACCAUAUAGACUGUGGUCACAGUUUGCAUUAAUUUAUUGAGUUAAACAGUGUUAUUUAGUCGGCAGGCCGACUUUUGAUAUUAUUAAUUGUAAGUUCUUAGAGUUGUUUUAAUUUAUAAGAGCUAACUAAUCAUGCCCAAUCAUGUGAUGCUCCGUUUGAAAAUGGAUAAAAACUGUGGAACUUAAA